CAACAAGCUCAAAGAAAAAACAAAGGAAAAAGGGCCAGGAAGAGCUGACGCCAUAUAUAUGAGUAUUAUUUAUCGAUAAAAAUAAAAAUCUACACCCAAAUUCUUCCAAAGAGAGAAGAGAAAACGCGUGAAGUGAGAAAUCGAUAGCUGAAGUGAGUGUUGUUUAAUCCAAAGGAAUUUUUGUUUGCUUUCGAUUUAUCUGUUUCUUCGGGUACAGGUCAGUACUCACCCAAACACACCUAUCCACACAAUUUACAGGAAAAAAAAUUGAAAAAAAUGUUGAGGUAUUGAAAUGGAUCGUCAAGAAUUUGAAUUAUAGAUAAAACCUGGAUAGGAAAUUGAGUUUAUAGCAUGAUUGGUGAUGAUUUGGGGAAGAAAUGGGUGCAUUUAUGUUGUUCUUGAAAAACUGCUUAGACUUCUCAUAUAAAAUCUGCUGCAGUCCCUGGAUUAACGUGGUGAGUGUGAAGAGGAGGAGAAUAUUUCAUUCUGGGCUACACCGGAAAAGCCAAACUAACCAGUUUCAAUUAUUAAUGGAGCAAGCUGAUAACCGUAGCAACAAUGAGCAUGUUAUUGACAUAACUAGUAGCACUGAUGCAUCCUCAUCAAGCAACCCCCAUGAUAGACCAGUCAAUAAUGUGCUUCAUGAUCAAGCUGAACAUCCCCCAUCAACAAGCACUGCAGUGCCCGUCCCCCAACAUGCAUUUUCUUCUACUAAUAAUAGAUCAAACUUGAGGAACUCAUCAUUUGUUCGACGAGGAAAUGGGCGCCGCCAUCGGAGUCCUCUGAAUUCCGUGCUAUGGAUAUCCAUCGAACUAGUCUUGACAUUGAGCCAAAUAAUUGCAGCAAUUGUAGUGUUGGCCAUAUCAAGGGAUGAACACCCACGUGCUCCACUAUCCCAAUGGAUAAUUGGUUAUGCAUCUGGGUGUGUAGCAAUCCUCCCUCUUCUCUAUUGGCGUUUUCGUCACAGAAACCAAAAUUCAGAUCAGGAUUCAUCUCAGCAGACUCAGAUUUCUUCCCAGGCUGAACACUCGGUCAGACCUUCCUCUAGUACAAGGAGUUCAGAAGGCGAAGGUCGUCAGACAACUGGUACAGCUUCUUCAGGUGGUCAAAGUAGUGGACUAAUGAGCAGAAGGAUAAAGGCACUUGUUGAGUACUUCAAAAUGGCAUUAGAUUGUUUUUUUGCAGUGUGGUUUGUGGUUGGAAAUGUGUGGAUAUUUGGUGGACACUCUUCUUCCUCUGAGGCUCCUAACUUGUACAGGUUGUGUAUAGUAUUUCUAACCUUCAGCUGUAUCGGGUAUGCCAUGCCGUUUAUUCUAUGUGCAACAAUCUGCUGCUGCCUCCCUUGCAUUAUUUCAGUCAUGGGCUUCCGAGAAGAUCUGACUCAAAACAAAGGUGCCACACCAGAAUCAAUUAACGCUCUUCCGACCUAUAAAUUUAAGGUAAAGAAAAGCAAAAGUGGCAACAAAGAGGCUGCUGAAGGUGGGAUUGUGGCUGCAGGAACAGAAAAGGAGCGUGUGAUUUCAGGAGAAGAUGCGGUAUGUUGCAUUUGUUUGGCAAAGUAUGUGAACAAUGAUGAGCUGAGGGAGUUACCCUGUUCUCAUUUCUUCCACAAAGACUGUGUGGAUAAGUGGCUGAAAAUCAACAACUCAUGUCCCCUUUGCAAAGCUGAGGUCGGUGAGACCCUUGUGAGCUCUUUUACUGAAGCAACUGCAAAUUUGCGUCAGAGUUCCGCUUUUUAAGUUGCCACCCUGUCCACAUGCUAGUAUAGGUUUUGCUUUUUAAAACAAUAGUAGUUGCCUUCAUAUAUAUUUCUAUUCUUCCAUCACUCUUCUGAUUUUCUUUUGGGCUAAAAGUUGUUAGCUUGCUCUAGAUUAUACAAUUUCUGUUGCAAAACAUGUAAGGUGAUAAGAUUGCUCAGUCAGUUAGUAGAGCAAGCCAUCUGUGGCAUCUUUUCCACGGUGGCAUUGAUGUGAAAAUUUGGUGUAUGAUGCCAAUAAUAUUAAACACAUGAUGGUAUUAGCAAUUAAACAUGUAGCUGAUGUCAAAAGAUUUGCCAGUUGCCAUCAGCCUGUAGGCUUCUACUUUUCCUGUAAUUAAGGAACAAAGUGAAAAUGCAAGGGAUUAUAUUUGCGAAA